AUGUUUGGACGAAUUAUCGAAAAAGUGAAUUUCGAUGAUAAAACAAGAAGACUACGGACUCUAUCGGAUUCAGAUUCGUCGAAAUCUGAACCGAAAUGGUUGUGUAAGCCACGGUUGAAUGGUGUAAAAUCCACCAACAAAUCGCAUCAGGUACGCCGGAAACGUGCGUUCAUUCCAUCGUCAUCGAGUGAAGAGGAUAUCGAUGAUAGCAGUAGUCGUCAGGAUGAGAAGCCGGUGGUAACUCUGAAACAAAUGGUGAAGAAGACAAAAAAGAGUCGAGCGAAGAAAGGCACGAACUCGAGUGACGAGAGUGAUGCGAUUGACUCGGAGGAGAACGCUCACUUCGACAGUGAUACAGAUUCUGAUGAUAGCAGGGCUGGAGAGCAUCGUUCGAAGAAACGUAUCGGCGCAAUGGCUGAGCUCUAUACUCGAUGUGUGGAAUUCUUCAACACGGCGAAUCGAGAUAAACUGAUGAGUGCGCCGAGAAUGACUCCGAAAGUAGCCGAUUAUAUUCUCGAGAAUCGACCUUUCGCUAGUUUCGAAGCAUUGGUAUGUGGUUUGCUGAUAUGA